AUGAGUCCUAAGCAAGUCGUCUUUAAGAAGAUUUCCAAGGACAAGUCGGUGGGAGUAUAUAUGGGGAAGAGGGACUUUGUUGAUCGCAUCGACUCUGUGGAUGUUGUGGAUGGUGUCAUUCUAGUUGACCCUGAGGUGCUACAGGGCAAAAAAGUGUAUGUCACCCUGUCCUGCACCUUCCGUUAUGGCCGAGAUGACGUGGAUGUUAUGGGAAUCGCAUUCCGCCGCGAUAUCUUCUUGUCAACUCGCCAGAUUUACCCAGCGUUACAGGACAAAGAACAAGGCAUACUGACUAAGGCGCAGGAGAAGAUCCUUAGGAAACUGGGGGACAAUGCCUACCCUUUCUUCUUUGAGUUUCCUGAUAACCUCCCCUGCUCAGUGGGAAUGCAGCCUGCUCCUUCAGAUGUUGGAAAGCACUGUGCUGUUGAGUUUGAGGUGAAAGCAUUCAGUGCUGAGAACCAAGAUGCCAAGGUCCGAAAAAGGAGCACAGUGGCCCUGGCCAUCCGCAAGAUGCAGUACGCCCCUGAGCAGGACGGGCCGGCGCCUUGUGUGUCCACCACCAAGGACUUCCUCAUGUCAGACAAACCCCUCCAACUAGAGGCCAGCCUGGACAAAGCAACGUACUACCAUGGGCAGCCAAUAAAUGUCCAUGUCAACAUCAACAACACCUCCAAUAAAAAUGUACGGAAUGUAAUUAUCUCAGUGGAUCAGGUUGCUAAUGUGGUGCUGUACUGCAACGACAGCUAUGUGAAAACGGUUGCCAUUGAGGACAGCGGUGAUAAGGUGGAUGCAGGGGCCACUCUAGAUAAAACCUACUCUGUGCUUCCUCUGCUGGCGCACAACCGUGAGAGGCGGGGCAUCGCUCUGGAUGGAAAGCUGAAGCACGAGGAUACCAACUUGGCCUCCUCCAGCGUGAUUAAAGAAGGGGUGCUUAAAGAAGUGCUCGGAAUUCUUGUGUCUUACAGAGUGAUGGUCAAACUCAUCAUUGGAGGGUUGGUUUCUGCCUUUCGUGUUGGGGUAGAGCUUCCAUUUCGGUUGAUGCACCCAAAACCAGAUGCAGUGAGGGACAGCGAAAUGGAGGAGGAGAUGGUGUUUGAGGAGUUCAAACGGUCCUAUCUGAAGGGCAUGGUGGAGGACCAAGAGGGGAACGUCUCUGGAGGAGAGGGCUCCUAGACUGGGGACAGAUUGGAAACGUGCACAGAGGACAAAACGCACCAGAUGUGGUGAAGAUACUGUGCAACAGGAGUGGGGAGCCUACGGUAUG